AUACGAUAAUACCUUGACCACCGCGGAAUUAUCAGAAUUAUUCACAUUUGUUGAACAAAAAUUGUUUGUAUAGCGUGAAGUUAGUCAUUGAAAACUAAAAUUUUGUCGAGCGAUCCGGCUUGUCUGCUUUCAGAUUUUUCUAAGCUCGGUUUUUUUAGUGAAGACGAUGGCUAUGUAUUUUGAUCUCGUCGCGUUAUCCCAUAUAAAACAAUGGAUCUAGUUUGCAUUGCUUUUGACUUUUUUUUUUAAUUAUAUUUUUCCGUUCUUCAGCUGAUCGAAGAGGAGAGCGCGUAAUUUUUCAUGUCCUGUCACGUGACUAAACAUUGUACAUGCGCCGUAACAGUAUUUUUCUGAAGUCGGAAGCAGAGCGAGUGUGAUGGAGGGAAAAUGGUGGUUUGGUUCUUCGAAUUUAUAUGGCUUUUGUGGAUUUUGACGUCUUCUGAAGCGAGAACCACGCACAGCGGAACAUCAGAAGCUGUUCGGACUGCGUACGCUGGUUCGUACGGCAGCCGUACUACAAGAUUUUCCCAUGUUGAAGAGCAGGGAAAGCCGUCAAAUAUUAGAGAAAAAAUUCAAGUGAAGGAUCAUGAUGAAGGGAAAAAUAUUCAGAUGGAUUUUAAGCGAGGAAUUUCCCACUUCAAGGAAGCCAAAAUCGCCACUUCUACAGCUCGGCAAAGCAGCAACCUUACCACGGGUCGUAAAGACCUGCCGGAAAUAUAUAUUUUAGUGUUGAAUCUUGCCACUGGGUCCAAGAACUUCAGUGAAACUUCACGGACACGAUUUACAUCUCACCUUUCAAAAAGCCUAGGUCUUCAUGAGCAAGGCUGUGUAAUCCUUCAUGUCUUCCCUAUAUCUCUCAGGAAGAUCCAAGUUGAACUGUACUGUGAAAAAGACAUGGUUAAGGCCAUGGGGUCUGAGUGGGAACCUAAUGUUUUUAUUCCUGCCAAUAAAAUGAUCCAAACCCUAGACAGCCCGGCCAUGCAGCCAUUCCUGCAGGAGUAUAACAUCACUGCAUAUGGUGUCAAGGACACCCCUGAGAUAGACCUUGCAGUUUAUCAAGAAAUGUGGUUUCCGGUAGCAGUGGUGGCUGGUGUGACUGUUAUUCUCAUAUUCCUGGCUAUUGUUUGCUUGCUGUUUUGUCGGCGUCAUCUGGAGGCCAGAGCUGAGGAAGAACACCGUGCAAAACACCAUGACCCAGAGAAGCUCCUUUAUCCUGCUAUUGACCCCAUAAAUGCUGUGUCAGCAAGUAUGAUCCAGCCAGACCCAGGGAGAGUGUACAGUUUGCCUCCCAAACCAAGGAAGUGGAAAGGUUCUCAGCUCUCACUAUCAGACAGGCGUGGCUCAAAAGCUUCGCUAGUUCUUGAUCUCAGAUCAUCCUCGACUGAACUAGGAACCAGUUCUUCUGCCCCAAGUAUUCUAGAAAGCCCCACAGAGGAAAAGCUUGCUUCUAAAUCCAGACCCUUGACUUGCAAUGAAUUAGAAGACUGUGUAAAUAAUGCCAAGCAACUUAAUGCAGAAUUCUGGGAAAUGCCCAUGAAUCACCCCCCUCCCGAGGAGAGGCUACCUGGUUCAAGUUACAGAAACAGAUAUCCAUUUAUUUUACCAAAUGCUAGGACUAGAGUGAAUUUACCAGAAAUACCUGGAGAUCCUUUAUCUAAGUACAUUAAUGCAAAUUUUUUGAGGGGUUAUGAGGGUCGAAAACAUACUUACAUAGCAACCCAAGGUCCAUUAUCAGUUACAGCCAAAGAUUUCUGGAGGAUGAUAUGGCAUCAUCACUGCCCGAUAAUUGUUAUGAUUACAAAGCUUAAAGAAAGGAAUGAGACAAAAUGUGAGCGUUACUGGCCAGACCCAACAUUUAGAAUGCAAGAGAAGUAUGGAGACAUAGUUGUCACAUUUGACUCUGCAAUUGGACGAGACGGUUAUCAGAUAACGUCUUUAUACAUCAGUCAUUCACAGUCCCUAGAAGCUCCACGAAGAAUUUACCACUACUGGUACACUGCCUGGCCUGACCAUGGUGUCCCAGACUCCCCAAGACAAUUUUUAAGAUUAGUAGAGGAAGUGCAUAUUGCUCAAGAAAGAGAAGAUGUAAAAAAAGGCCCUGUUGUUGUACAUUGCAGUGCUGGGGUUGGAAGAACAGGUUGUUUCAUUGCAGCUAGUAUAGGAAUUGAGCAAAUAAAGAGAGAAGGACUUGUGGACAUUCUCAAGAUAGUAAGCCUUAUGAGAAUAGACAGGGGCGGAAUGGUGGAAACAGAUUUACAGUAUGAACUUGUAUACCAUACACUUCAUCAUUAUUGGACAACAUAUACAGGCAGUGAUGAUGAUACACGUGACAUAGCCCUUGAAGCAAUCUUUGAUGAAUAAUCCGUGGUGAAUAUUAACAUACAACAGUUGCAUCAUAUAAUUCCUUCAUGCUGGUCAUGGGAAGAUGAUAUUAUAUUACAAGUCUAGUCUGUUAGUCAUUUAUCAAGUAUGGACUGUGGAUAAUUCAAUAGACAUCAAUAUUUAUCGCCUACAAGAUUAUUCAAGGUGCCCAUUGGCAAGAUGCUAUUUAUUUCAGUAUUUUAAUGUACAUGUGUGGAUUAUUAUUUAAUGCAUAAUGCAGUCAUGGGAACAUGCUUCAUGAAUCGUAAUUAUCAAUGACAUGGUUUAAACAAGGCAAGACUACCAAGAUUGUGUUUUGAGGAGUCUUUCUUAAUUGACAUCAAUCAGCAAGUCCAGAAUGAGUGGGACAUACCAGGCCAGUUGAGAGACGUGCAAGUAUUUGAUGUUUAGUUUAGUUUUGACACAUCCCUUGCAGGACAAGGGAUCAAGAAUGAGCUGUUGGUGACAAAGAAUGGAAAGAAAUUAUGUAUUCAAGAAACUAGACAAUUGAAAUCAUCAUUGGUGAUUGCAUGUCCGUGAUUCAUUUAUGGAUGACUUGGGGAUUUCUGGUUGUAAAGAGUACAAGACUGGUGGUGACAAUGUGAAGGAUGAGAAGGAGCGAUCAUUCAAACAUCACCUUACUACCUUAAACCAUUUACUUCCAUAAGCGAAGUUGGAUAAGAUUGUGCUAUUAAUAGUACCUUGUCGUUGGUGCUAAACAGUUCCAUAAAAGUGGAAUAUUUGUUGUUCAAAGGAAUGGGAAUGGAAAAGGAUGGCUGAAAUAGGAAGCUGGUUAGAGAUGAGAUCUUGGAAUAUUAUUAACGUUAUUUUCACCAUUCUUUGAAGGGAAACAAGGGAUUGCUAGUGCUUUGGAUAGUGUUUUGCAGUCUGAUUUGAGCAUUUAUUUUGCCACCAAAGCAAGUGAGGAUUUAAGGAAAUCUCAAUUUAUUUGCCAGGAAUCUUGGCAUAAAGAAAUGUUUUAUUUUUCAGUUUUACUGCAUGGGCCCUUAUUAAAAUUGGGACAAUUAUCAAAUUAUAAAAAAAAAUUAUCUUAUGUCUUUUUAGACAGGCAAUAUUGAGCAUGAAAAUGUCUUCAAUUUGAGAAAUUAUUUCAAAGUAUUUAUCAAAAAUAAUUGUACAGAAUUGUUAUUGAGGGAUUUUAUGAAAUUCUUCUAUAGAUAUUUAAUCCACAAGCAGAGAUAUGUUACAAGUUAUUACACAAGAUUGUGAAGGAAAGUUACUUAAGUUAUUUGGAAUAUUGUGUGUACAUAAUAAUCAGGUGUGCUGCAUCAAAGUGAAAACUUGGCCUGUUCCAACUAAUGUUUUGAGUCGGAUAUUAAUCUAAUGUAUAUUUUAAUCAUGUGCAUUGCAAGCCUAAGUUCUGCUCUGUUAUCUAACAACAAUGUGGUUGAAAAUUCCAUGUGGCUGCAAUCUACAACUCCUCAUCUUGGAUCUUUAUUUUCUUGUUGAAGGAGAAGGAAAGGAAUUGUCCUGGAACCAGGACAAUAAUUUUUAAGUGUAACAUCAUCAGCGUGAAGUUUCCCAGUUUGGCACUUGAAAACAACUUGACAGGGGCAGAUCCAGGAUUGUUUUUUUUAGGAGGGUGCACCACUAGCGAAUGGCAUAACUGACUGAUGGGGGAAAAAAAUUUUAAAAGCGAAUACAAAGAAGAAGGCUUCAUCUCAAGGGGAGGGGGUUGCACACCUUCUGCACCCUCCCCUUAGAUCCACCCCUGCUUGAGCAGGGAACAAGGUGAUGUGUUUUCUCAAGCUGACUCACCCAUAGUUUGUUACCCAACUUGUUUGUACAUGGGGUGUCUCAGACAGGUGUUGUAAUGUGUUAUUAUCAAAG